AAAUAUUACGUUGUUAAGUCACGUUAAGGAAAAAAAUUGUCUGGGAACAGAUUAACCAGAGACGUCUCGAUGCUAGGCUGCGUCCUGAAAAGUGUCCUCAUGUAGCAAGUAUGCAAUUCGCACUGCAUUACAUACUUCAACCGAUUUAAUACGUAUGUUAUAUGAUGGAUACUCAAUGAAUCCUUAGAGCUGGUCAGAUUAGUUUAAGUUAAUUGUAACCUUUAGCUACUUUGGUAAUUGUCUACUAACAUGAAAACACAAUUUUUAAUACGUGACUGGAAAAGUAAUAGUAGUUAACUUAUACCAGGACUCUAGCAUGGCGGGCGCUGAGUUCCAACACAGGUGAAAAUUUAAAAAAUUUUUUAUUACAUGUGAAGUUCUUGAGAAUAUCUAAAUGCACCAUAACAGAAUCACCAUUAAUAAAACAAGGGAUUGAAUAAAUAUAUUUUUGGGUUUUUUCUUUAGUGUCACCCUUUAAUUAGACAAUUACUGUUACAUUUAUUUUUUGUGUCUCGGUUUGAAAGAAACAUAUUUGACAAGUUACAACAUACAAACAUACUACACUGUUAUUGUGACAACUACAACAUAAUAACUAAAAUUUGUAUACAGAAUCACUUGGAUGAACUGCAAAUGAAGCAAAUAUGCCAAUAGUCAUUUCGAGUUCAGCACCACACUUAAUUAUAAUAAAAGUUAAACAGGUCGUAGAGGUAUAAUUUGGCAUGUUAGUAAAGUUUUAAGCUGUGUCCAAAUUUAAGUACACAGUUAUAUACUUGUAAACUUAAAUACUUCACUUGGCCUCAUGGUGUACUAGAGUAAUUCGGUCGGAUGCAGUUUUUUGCCAGUUAAAUAGUGUGUUGAUGUGUUGAUAAUAUUUUUAUUUCAACAAAUUUUCACAAUGUUUAGCUGAAAUUAGUGAUUUUGUACACUUCAUUAUCAACACACAAAAUUAUAGCAAAUUACUUGAAGAUUGUAGCUACCUUUGUUUAGUAGUUAUGAUUGGUAUACUUAUAUGUAUUUUUUUUAAAUUCCUUAAUAACAUGAUAUUUUUUUCAUUUAACUUAAUGUUUUAGUAGUAAUUGUGACCCAGAAUGUCACAGUAAAAAACCCAAGAGCAGCAAAAAUACAAAUUCAAGUGUAGGAUGGUGUAUGUUUUUAUUACGUUUACUAUAUAUCUGCUAAGCUACGCAUACUCUCCUUCUUACAAUUGAGAGUGAUAUAGAUUACCCAACAAUGCGUGAACAAGCUUAAACAAGAUUUACUUUACAUUGUGACACGCCUAAAGAAUGCAGGCACGCAGCGACUCACAAAGAAGUUGAAAACCAAACAAACUUUACAGGCUUUCUCCUUCACACUAGAACUAGGAAUUAGCAAGUACUUAUCUAGUCCUGCGAGCAAGUCUCACGAGGGAGCGUGCGAGCUGACGGGUUAACAACCAAGUACCACCCCUCUCUUCCUUCACCUCCACAGUAGAUCGACGAACCAGGUUGGCAGAGCAAGAGAUCCUCAGAGAAACCAAACGUGCUGCAGAAAGGGCUGCUGUGUACGGUGCCCUGGGUUGGAUGAAAUGUCCGCUGAGGCCAACCAACAAGCAGUUCUUGGUGAACACGAUACUGCCGACGCUCUCCACCAGCAGGAGGCGCCAUUACGCAGACAGGCGGGACUACUACCACAGCUACAGGUCAGACGACAGGUGGUCCACCAGCGAAAGGCACGGGCACCGAUCCAGAAGAGACGGAGUCUGCGAGUCGAAAGACUCCCACUCGCACAGGGACAGUAAAGAUCUGAACAAGGGUGAUCGCGAGAGACGCAAGAACAGAGAUUCUUCCCCGGCUCGUAAAAUCAGGCUUUUAGAUAGCAAUAGCUUAGAUAUAACCAGUAAACAGCCGGUUUCCAGUGGCACAGAAAACAAGAUUGAUGCAGAAAAAAAUUCCCACGGACGUAAGGAAGGUGAAUACGCGUGUCAUAAAAGUUCCAAGGAUAGGUAUUCUAGCACAAGUCAUCGAACACACAAGGAUGAUAAGCAUGCCCAUAAAACUGACAGCUCACAUUUUCAUAAGAAUCAUGAUGGGUACACCAUUGCAGAUCAGCAAUUUAAAGAUAAAGAAUUGAAAGAUUGUAAAACUGAAGUUCCAGAAAGACACAAAAAGAGUAGAACUGGUUGCAGAUCCGAUGCGAUGAAUGAAAUUGUACACGAUGAAUUUGAAAACUACAAAGAUAAAGGAUGGAAUGAUAACCACAAAAUAUCUAACACUGCAAGUAAACUUCAACGUAAUGACAGUGCUGUCAAAGAUGAACUGUCAAAUACCACUGAAAAUAAAAGCUCUCAGUGUUAUAUAAGUAAUGAUUUUAUUGGAAACGAUUCUAUUCCUUUGACUGAAAAGAACAUCAGUAAUUCUGAGUCAAAUGAAGUCAAAAAAAAUAUUCCUUGUGAUAGUGAGUAUUCCAAGCAGAACAGUGGUGAAUUCCUAAAAAAAUUAAAGACAUCUGAAAAAAUAAAAAAGGACAAAAGCAAGAAACUAAAGGACCUGCAUAAUACACUAAAAGAAAAAAAGAAACGCCGCAAGAAAUUGGUAGCAUCCAAAAGUGAUAAAACUGAUGGAUCAGGAAAGGUAUCUGAAAAUUUAAGGCAAGAAGAUGAUAGUUAUGAGGAAAACAAAUGCAGCAAUGCUUUGAAAGUGCAGCAGUGUGCAGACACAAAAAACGGGAUGCAUGGUCAAGAAAACAAAGAAUAUUACAAACAGAGUCAGGUGCUGGAGAGUUCUACAAACAAAAUUCAAGAAAGUGGGACAAAGCAAGCUAAAACAAAACUUUCUAAGGCCAGAAAAAAUGAGAUCAAUAAAAAUGUUAACCCAAAGGCAGAAAAAAGAAAGUUAAAAAAAAAUUCUGUAGGUUGUAUUUCCAGUGCGAAAGACGUUAACAAAAAUUCUGGCUCCAAUACGUGCAGUAAUUUACAAGUAGAGAAACUAUCAAAAAAUAAAAAUUUACAGGACAAUUUAUUGAAUACUAAUAAUGCAAAACAGUGCAAAAAUUUGUCAAGGUAUGAUAAAAAUUCUAGUUUCCCAGGUAACAAUGACGGGAAUGGUUUUAACACUGAAAGUCAUGGCAUUAGAGAUGUUCCUUGUACUAACAUCACAAGGUCAGAUAAAAAUAAGGCCUUGGAAUACAAUGAUAGGCAUCACAGAGAGAAAUCUAGUUGUUUGAGGGACAUAACUGACGAGAUGUGUCAUCGAGACACAGAGAAUAGUGAGCGAAGUAAACGAAGGUGGAGUGUUGAGAGUGACUGAUAAAUUGUUCGAUUAAAAGACAGUGAAUUAAAUACAUUUAAAUGUAAUUUGUGAGACAGUUUUUUUUUGUUUGUUGUUGAAUGUCUUGGUAACUUUCUGCAGCAGAAUGUAGGUGUCCAACAGAAGUGAACUAAGUCUGGAAUUUAGUAAGCUUGUACAAGAAACAUUUAGCUAAAGUUAAGUACCAAAGAAUUGUGUAAAAUAUGUAAAAUAAAUCUUUAAAAAAAUCUUUGCAAAUAUGAAUGUAAUGUGCUGUUAAUGAUGGAACUACAUGUAUGAAAUAUGAAUUGUAAAAACACUUUAAGUAUGAGGCAGGAUCACCUUUGCAUAAAGUUAUCUGAACUGUUUUGAUGUACCUAAAUAAAAUUUGAACUAUGAUUUAUAGGACA